GAGAAAGGUCACUUAAAAAAAAAAAACGUUUCACGAGAGUGAAGUUUGUUCAAGCGCGAGCGCAUUCCGGGAUGUUUCACCGCCUUAAAUAGAAGCCGGAGUUUAGAGGCAAAACGAAUUAUUUCACCAUUUCAAACCACUGGGUACUUGUGGAAAUAUAUGCGUAUAUAUAUAUAUAUAUUUAUAUUUAUUUAUAUUCCGAGGGUAGUCAAACAUGACUGAAAACAGAGUUUGGCGAAGUCGAGGAGAGCCGCGAGGCGACCACUGAGGAGAGGAGGCGUCCGCAGCGGCCCGCCGAGGCUCACCUUCUGUCGGCACCUCACAGCUACCUGCUCGGGCUCUAACCUCACUUCUUCCCGCGAGCUAAAGUCCACAGCAUGGCUGAGCACGAGAGCCUGGAGUAUGGCAAGGCGGAUUUUGUCCUCCUGGACAACGUGUCCAUGGAGGAGUUCAUGGCGAACCUGAAACUCAGGUUCGAGAAGGGGCGGAUCUACACGUACAUCGGUGAGGUGGUCGUGUCCGUCAACCCGUACCGCGCCAUGAACGUCUACGGGCGCGAGGUGGUGGAGCAGUACAGGGGACGCGAGCUGUACGAGAGGCCACCCCACCUCUUCGCCAUCGCCGACGCCGCUUACAAAGCCAUGAAGAGGAGGAACAAAGACACAUGCAUCGUCAUCUCAGGAGAAAGUGGAGCUGGAAAGACCGAAGCCAGCAAGUACAUAAUGCAAUACAUCGCUGCUAUCACCAAUCCCAAUCAGAGGGCCGAGGUGGAAAGGGUGAAAAACAUGCUGCUUAAAUCCAACUGUGUCCUGGAGGCCUUUGGGAACGCCAAGACCAACCGCAACGACAACUCCAGCCGCUUCGGCAAGUACAUGGACAUCAACUUUGACUUCAAGGGGGACCCCAUCGGGGGCCACAUCAGCAACUACCUGCUGGAGAAGGUAACAGUGAUUUUCCAACAGGAAGGAGAGCGGAGCUUUCAUUCAUUCUACCAGCUGCUCAGAGGAGCUACAGACUCCCUGAUACGCUCUCUUCACAUCCAGAAGGACCCGACUGCUUACAACUACAUCAAAGUCGGAGGCCAAAUUAAGUCUUCCAUCAACGAUGCCGCCGAUUUCAAAGCCGUGGCCGACGCCAUGAAGGUGAUCGGCUUCACGGGGGACGAGAUCCAGACUGUUUACAAGAUCCUGGCCACCAUCCUACAUCUGGGCAACCUGGCGUUCGGGGUGGACGGCGACGUGACCCUGAUAGAGAACACCAAGCUGGUGUCGGUGAUCCGGGAGCUGCUCUCGACCAAAGAGGAGAAGGUGGAGAAGGCGCUGCUCUACCGCACCGUGUCCACGGGCCGGGACGUCAUCGAGAAGCAGCACACGGCGCAGGAGGCCGGCUACGGGCGGGACGCCCUCGCCAAGGCCAUGUACGAGCGGCUCUUCUGCUGGAUCGUGGGACGAAUCAACGACGUCAUCGAGGUGAAAAACUACGACGCCAGAGUCCACGGGAAGAACACCGUCAUCGGGGUGCUGGACAUCUACGGUUUUGAGAUUUUCCAGAACAACAGCUUUGAACAGUUCUGCAUCAACUACUGUAACGAGAAGCUGCAGCAGCUCUUCAUCCAGCUGGUGCUGAAGCAGGAGCAGGAGGAGUACCAACGGGAGGGGAUCCCCUGGAAACAUAUCGACUACUUCAACAACCAGAUCAUCGUGGAUCUGGUGGAGCAGCAGCACAAGGGCAUCUUCUCCGUGCUGGACGAAGCCUGCAUGAACGUGGGAAAGGUCACGGACGAGGUUUUCCUCCAAGGGCUCAACGUGAAGCUGGCCAAACACGCCCACUACACCAGCCGCAAGCUCUCACCCGCAGACAAGAGUUUGGAGUUCAACAGAGACUUUCGCAUCCGACACUACGCGGGCGAUGUGAUGUACUCCGUGGUGGGGUUCAUUGAUAAGAACAAAGACACUCUGUUCCAGGAUUUCAAGAGGCUGCUGUACAACAGUUCCAACCCGGUGCUGAAGGGCAUGUGGCCCGAGGGCAAGCUGAGCAUCACCGAGGUCACCAAACGGCCGCUCACGGCCGCGACGCUCUUCAAGAACUCCAUGAUCUCGCUGGUGGAGAACCUGGCCUGCAAGGAACCCUACUACGUCCGCUGCAUCAAGCCCAACGACGUCAAGUCCCCGCUGCUGUUCGAGCAGGAGCGCUGCCGCCACCAGGUGGAGUACCUCGGGCUGCUGGAGAACGUCAGGGUGCGACGCGCCGGCUUCGCCUACAGGCAGACCUACCCUCGCUUCCUGCAGAGAUACAAGAUGAUCUCACAGUUCACGUGGCCGAACCACGACCUCCCAUCCGACGCCGAGGCGGUGAAGAAGCUCCUGCAGGGGUGUGGCUUUGACCACGAUGCGGCCUUCGGCAAGACCAAGGUCUUCAUCCGCACGCCACGCACGCUCUUCAGCCUGGAGGAGCAGCGGGUGGAAAUGGUCCAGAGGAUUGUCCUCUUCCUCCAGAAGGUGUGGAGGGGCACCAUCGCCCGGAUGAGGUACCGGCGGAUGAGAGCGGCCCUCAUCAUCCUGCGGGCCUACCGGCGCUACAAAGUGAAGUCUUACGUUCGCGAGGUCACCCGUCGCUUCAAAAACGUCCGAUCCAUGAAGGACUACGGAAGGCACCUGAAGUGGCCAACGCCCCCAAAGGUCCUGCGCAAGUUCGAGGAGGCCCUCAAGAGCAUCUACAACAGGUGGUGGGCGUGGACGCUGAUCAAAGGCCUCUCUCCAGAGGAGGCCCUGCAGGUGAGGGCCAAGGUAGCCAGCCUGGAGGCCCUGAAGGGCCAGAGAGCCGACUUGGGACUGCAGAGAGCCUGGGAAGGAAACUACCUGAAGCGAGACAGCCCCGACACGGCCUCGUCCUUCACGCUGGUUUCCGGCGAGCUGCAGCGGAAAGACAAAUUCAUGAAGAUUCUGUUCUCCGGUAACGUGCGCAAGAUCAACCGUUUCCACAAGGCGGAGGACCGGGCCUUGCUCAUCACUGACCGCCACCUGUACAAGAUGAACCCCCUGAAGCAGUACAAGCCCAUGAAGAGCACCCCCCUCUACAACGUGACGGGAGUGAGCGUGUCCCCCGGGAAGGACCAGCUGGUCGUGUUCCACACCAAGGACAGCAGGGACCUCGUGGUGUGCCUGCAGGGCAUGGUGCCCGCCAACGAGAGCCGCAUCGGGGAGCUGGUCGGCACCCUCCUUAGCCACUUCAAGAGUGAGAAGAGGAAGCUGCAGGUGAACAUCGCGAGUCCCAUCCAGUGCAGCUUGAGCGGGAGCAAGUGCACGGUCAUCGUGGAGCCCAAGAUCAACCAGUCGCAGCCGGACUUCACCAAGAGCCGGUCGGGCUACAUCCUGGCUGUUCCUGGCAACUAAAGCAGGCUCAAUGGGAGGAGGUGUGGGGGGGUCGGGGGGGGAUCUGCCGACGACGUGAUGAGUUGAGCAGCUCUGUAGGAGGAUUGUGGUAAUGAAAUACUCAAAAUGCAAAGCCAUGCCAAAUUUCUAUGCAAUGCCACUACAGACAGGAAGUGUAGUAUGCGUGUUAGCUAAACAGGGUUUAUUUUUUAUUUUAAACGCACCAAAGUGGAUGUUUUUCUUUUUUUAAAUCCAAAUUUCAAAUGAUUUGCUUUGUGCAAUAUUUACUUUAUAGUACAUGCAAUGUUGUGGUAGUCAAGGUGAGAUUAUGCAGCGGAUGUUGUUGCGUAAUAGGAAACAAAUCCAAAGGCUUUGCAGGAAUUUACGAGUCGAGCUCCCUGUGCAGGAGCCCGAUCAAAAGCUCUGCAACAUGAAGGAAGAUUAUAUUUAUGAAUGUGUGACUGAUUUUUCAGAUUAUCGAUCGGUUAUCUGCUCUACAACGGAAGAAAACUAUUUUUUUUUUUUGUGAUAUCUAUUCUAAGGAAUAGUAAUGUUGGUGACCUUGAUUGAAGACUUACCUCCCUGUGUGGUAAACGAAAGGAAACGUCCAGUUUGUUCAGUGUUCACAAUCACAUACGAGAACAGAGGUUACCGGAUUCCAACUCCAGAUCCAGAUGUUGAGCAGGAUGUGUUGAGCAUGUCCUGCUCAUCGCCACCUGCUACACAAAGAUGUGUUCAUUUAAACCCUGCUUUGUGUACUCUACUGUGCUUCUGUAAUACUCCAAUACUGCUUGUAUAUCAAAGGUUACUUAAAUAUCGUACUUUAGUAUAAAAAGGGAUCUAAAACUGAAGAGUAACUGAAGGCAAAUAUGAAGACGACAACCGAAGUGGUAUUUUGAGCUUGUUUUCUCCCUAAAAUGUAAGUUUAUUAGCAAAGUGUUGCUGGACAGUACUGUAUAAUCCCACGUGAACUCCAGCUCCCUGAACAUGGCCUCACGUUGCUGUCUUGUGUGUGGAGGGACUGCUCCAAUGACUCGCAGUGGUCCUCUGGACGCAGACUUCCCUUUGACAAAUGUCCCCCUCAGCAGGGAGAGUUCUGCUGCUCUGAGCUCUCCUCCUCUUGCUCUGAAUGGUGAAGACGAAGCGGUGUGACGUUUGGACUUUUCCUGGACUGAUUUCCAUCUGCUCUCACCGGACCAAACCAUCAGCGCUUCGUACUCUGUGCUGUCAGACGUACUGAAAGAUUUCUGAAAGUUUUCAUCUUUUAGUCAAUGCAAGUAAUUCUUCAUCCAGCUGUUUGCAAAAAGAGUUUUCUGGCUUCUAACUGUGCUUCAUAUCAACAUAGCAAUACGGAUAGAGAACAAAAGUGUCCAUAUAUGUUUUCUUCUAAAGACAAAUAAGUAAUCAGCUUAUUCUAAGGUUAAAACAUCAUUUUAGGACCAGAUUUGGUCUCUUGUGUCUCUUGUGUUCACUGGCUGAUGUCAUGACGACUGCAUCAACUUCUUAUUUAGAC